UGAAAGGAGUCUGGUCCCAUCCUCUUGACACCCACCCUUAAUAUUUAUAAGCAUUGAUGAGAUCCCCUCCCAGCCUUCUUUUCUCCAGGCUGAACAGACCCAGCUCUCUCAAUGAAGUUCGCCAUGUCCCCUUAGAGGUGCAGCACCCGUGUCCCUUCAGUGAAGCAGCCGGUCUGCCGAGCCGCGCAGACACCCCGGGCACCAUUUCGAGCAGCGCCGGGGCGCAGCGACCGCUCCGCGCCCCCGAGCCGGCCGCAGGGCUCUCGGUGAGGGGAGGCAGCCAGGCUGCGGCGGGGGCGGCCCCGCUUGGGCUCCGGAACGCAAGUGCCAGGGCUCCAGUUUCCAGGCCGGCGCUCGGCGCGGUUGCCACAGUGCGGGUCCCGGGGCGGCUGCCGGCAUGGACGAGGAGGCAGCGGUGCGGCCCGGGGAGCGGCGGGGGCGGCUGGUUUCGCUGGGCCGGAGGGAGCUGGCGGAGCACGGCAGCCGCGUGGGAGGCGCUUCCCCGCCGGGCGCUCAGCGGCUGCGGGCCGGGGCUGUGUGCGGUUCCGGCGGGACAGCCGAGGCGCCGCUGGGCGCCGCCUGCCCGGGCGCUGCCUGCCCUGGCCCGGCCCCUGCCUGCCCCGGCCCGGCCCGGCCCGGCGCGGCCCUGUCCCGCCUGCCGGGAACGACCGGGGCCCGGGGGCGGCGGGCGAGGCCCUGACCGGACCCCUCGGCGUGGCGGCCUCGGUGCUCCGCAGCCGGCGGGGAGAGAAUUUAAUGAACGCUGUGCUCAGUGUUCGGAAGUGAACUGGGGUCUCACUGAUGGAGGCAGAUUUUAUUGCAGAUCUUGCCACAAUGUUACUGAGAGAACUAGAGAAGUCAUAAACACUGAUUUUAUUUCUAAUACAAGAGUCCAGACAAUCUCAAAAGGUUCAAGAAAGAAGGAAAAAACUGAUGGAGGCUGUGAAUGGUAUGUUUGUGAAGGCUUUCAGCUUGUACUCAAGAAACAAGCUGAAGCUUUGGAAGCAUUAGGAGUAUGUCCACAAAUGAAGGAUGAAAUUCUGUGCAAUUUUUGGAGGCUUUACCUUCAGAAGAGCAAACAGGCAUAUUGCGACAGACCAGAUGGGGAAACUGUCAAAGCAUUAGCUCAGGUGUGCGGUAGCAGUACUGAUGUGGAGAGUGAACCAGAGACGCCCAGCCUCCUUCACUUGUUGUCUCUCUCUGAAAGCGAGGGGGAUCUACAGACCGAUUCCAGCUUCGUCUCAUCGACUAGCAAGGUCUCAGCGAGCACCUCUGUGUGCUCUGGAUCGGUAGAUGGUAGCUUGUAUUUCAUGAAGAACCAAAAGGAGAAGCUGAGGAUGACAAUGCCAAUGACCCUUUCGUUUUGUUACAUGGCGUUACUCUGGUUGAGAGAACCAAUGACAUUGUCUGAUCUCUUAAGGUUUGUUGUUGAAGGUCAUAUUCCGUAUUUGAAUGUUUUUCAGCAUUUUCCGGAGAAGAUGAAAUUAUAUGGAGUUGAUCUUAAGAUCUUUUGUGUAGAGUCGUGGCCCGUAUAUGAAGAAGUAUACGACAAAAUGCUUGAGCUUGCAGCAUUUUUAGACCUGCCUCGUUUUCCAGAUAUAACAGAUAGCUGCUUUCUUCAUCCAGACAUGCUGUGCAUGAAGUACUUGAUGGAAGCUAAUUUACCUGAUGAAUUGCAUAAUUGGACUUGUCGAGUGGUGAAAAAGAUCUGUAUUGGAGAAGCGGAUUUCCUGACUCUUGUGCCUGGAAAUAAGUCAACAAGAAAAGUGAAAUAUGAUGUUCUUGCUGCUGCACUUAUUAUAGUUGUGCUCAAAUUAUUGUUUUUAUUAGAUGAUCACUAUGAAUGGUUACUUUCAGACUUUGCUGAAGAAAGAAAUAAAAAUAACAAAGAAGGUCAUCCAUAUUUUGAGUUCAAAAAGUGGUACAAGGUUAUAAAAUGUUCAUUGGAUGCAGAGCAAAAGAAAUUGGAUGAAGAAAGAGCCAAGUAUCAGUGGAGAUGUGAAAAACCACUGUUUUAUUCAGCCGACAAGAAAUCUAAAGUUCUUAAGAGAAGACAAAUGGUUGUGAACUUACAAAAUCAGUUUGGCAAGCUGUCUGGUUCAGUGCGACCUGCUGAAAAGCCAAAUCCUUCAAGUUUUCAGUUAAGUUGGUCUGAAGAAAACACAGACGGGAGCUGUUUUCACGGGCACAGCCUGAAGGGAAUUUUGCAAGAAAAACGUGGUGUACUUGCAGCCAUGAACCCUGACUAUUGGCUGUGUACAGUUCAACUAUGUCGCGAGAGGGCAUGUGGUCAUCUGGCUCAUUACAGAGAAGUGGAAUUUCCCCAGAGUUACCAUUUUGUACUAAGGUUAUUCUCUUUUCUUCUGAGGAUACAGCCCUCUUCAAUCCAUGAUGAUGUGUGUCUGAUAGAACACAAGCUUUUUAAUAAAAAACUCUGUAAAAAGCCAAAAUACAACACAGUCAUAAGGAAGUAAAAAGGUCUAAAACUAUUACUAUUAAUUGUGUGUAAAUUAGUUGGUUGGAUACCAAACCAUGGUAUUACAUCUAAAAUUCUACUGAUCCUUUUGCCUGCAUGCGUAUUUUUUGUUAAGAUAGUUAUGCUGAGAUCUACUACUGCACUUUACUUGUGUCAUUUUAUCUAUAAUUUAAGUCACUGUUUUCCAGCUGGGAAAGUUACCAAGGAAACUGUUUAUCACAAUUCAUUUCCUCACUGUGCAUCAGAGCCAACAGGAAGCUAUGAAAUUACCGCUUUUUGGCAUAAUUGUACAUACUUUGAGCGUGCUGGACAGCACGUUAGCAUCUAAUUACACUGUGAGAUUUUGCAAUUAAAGUAUCUAUUUUUUUUACUUACUGUUGUAUGACAGCAAAUAUAUUUCUAGAAAGUCAUGUUUAUUUUAUUUGAAAAAAUUGUGAUAAUAAAUAAAAGGAGCAGUCAGUC